AUGAGCGCCCUUGUUGGUUACGAGAGCAGCGACGAGGAGGAUGAGUCAGUCGAGGCUGAAGUCCACCCGAUAGUUGAAGCUGUUGGGACGACUGCUGAUGCGCAGGUUAGUCAGUCCGCCAGUGUGACUACGCAAGCGUCAAAGCAAGGAACAACCAGAAGCCAUCAAAUUGCCGAUGGGCCCAUUGUAGGUCCUACAAUGCCCGACCAAGGGGCCAACGAGCUUGACGGAGAAUCAACGUCGGAGAUUCAGCAAACUAUGUCUGAGCGCGAUGCAGUUCGCUUCCUCACCCAGGCAUCUCAUCCUAUGACAUCCAUGCCAUCUUCGCCCCCAGGAUCGCCUGACCCGGCUACCAAUGCGAGGCUCAAGCGGUUUCUCGAUCUGAAGGCGAAAGGCGUGCAUUUCAACGACGACCUCGCCAGUAAAUCCACGUUUCGCAAUCCUAGUUUUCUGGCCACAAUGAUGGCCCGGGUAGGGCUAGACAGGCAGGAUCAAUACCGAACAUCGUUACCUCACGAAAUCUGGGAUCCCCUGUGUUUUCCUCAUUCCGCUUAUAAGGAAGACCUCCUGCGAAGUCAGCAAACUAUACGAGAGCGAGAUUCUGCUACGAAGAAGAGCCUCUCAGUUUCGGGGAAAAGAACGAUCGAGUUCACGUCCGGAGGAAAUUCCGGGGAGAACAGCAAGGAUUCGACACCAGGGUUGUCAAAUAGUAAACGGAAACGACCUUGA